AUGGAGCUAAAUAAUGGAUAUAUUCAGAAAUCGGAUGAUGAAGAUAGGCUCAGCAUGCUGACUGAUGAUGUAUUACUCUCAAUUCUGGAGAGAGUUGACAUAACUACGGCCACAAGGACAAGCGUCUUAUCCACGCGGUGGAAACACCUGCCGUGGUUGUUCCGUGAGCUCACAAUUGAUGUCAGGGAAUUCCUAUCUGUUCCUCCCCCAAACCCCAUUGAAGUUGGGCAUAUGGAUGAAGCAAUGGCUUCCCUGACCAAAGCAGCCACUAGCUUCUGGGCUACUACCCGGAGCGAAGCCACCAUCACAAGGCUGCAGCUCAAGCUCUAUCUGGUCAACACUUACUCGGAUGUCAUUGGCCCUCUAGUUAGUCAAGCAACUGAGACUGGGACUCUACAAGAUUUAGACCUGGCCAUUUUGGACGAGAAGGAGCCUGAUGACUGUUACGAAGAGGAAAUGCGCCAGCAAGCUCGCACUGUGGACGGCUUCUUCAGUGCCUAUCCUAGUGUGCUCCGUUGCCUCUCAAAACUGGAACUAUACAAUGUUUGUUUUGCUGAAUGGGAUCUGCAUCACCUUUUAUUUGACUGUUGCAAGCAGUUGCAGCAUCUCUCCCUCUGCAACUGUGAUGCAGGGGGGCUCUCGCCUUGGAAGAUACAAGCACCGGAUUCGAAGCUUAGUCUUCUUGAACUUGACUUCUGCUGCUUGGGGAAGCUUGAGGUGCUCUGUCUUCCAAAACUAGAGAAGCUUCGUUGGGAUACUUGGAUGUUUCCAUUAACACCCCUGUCAUUUGGUGUUGCCCCAUUCCUUAAGGAAUUGAACCUCAUAUGUGGUGCGUCAGUUCAUCAUCAAGGGUUUGAUUUGAGUAAGCUUUGGAUAAAACCGGAAGGGAAGCUGCUCUGCGCUGCAUUCAAGAAGCUAAGGAAGUUAUCUCUACAUGGUAUUUUUGUUGAAUUCGAUUUGUUAUGGAUGAUGGUUCUCCUUGAAGGCGCGCCAUCAGUUGAGAUAUUUGAUAUUGAGAUAUGGGAACAUCCAUGCGUAGUAGACACAGAAGGUAGAAGGAAAACUUAUGGUGAAAGAACAAAUCCAUCAUGGAACAUAGCUGAGUUCAAAAGCUGUAAGGAAUGGCUAUUGAAAGAGGUGCAGGUUACUGGCUUUAGCCCAAUGGAGCAACAAUUAGCACUUUUAAGGGCUGUGAUGCAGCGAGCUUCCAACCUACAAACCAUUGUCCUAAAACAUUACCAGCCUUGUGAUUACUGUGACGAGAUAGGUGCACUUCCUCGUUGUGAAAGAUUACCACCAGAACGGGUGUUUCCAAAGGGAAAGGGCGAGCAGGACGCUGCAGUUGAGCAGCUGAUUAGAGACAUGCCUGACUGCAAUGUUCAGAUAAUUUUUGGGAACUAA